UAGCAUCCAUUGCCAAAUUGCAUUAUUGAAAGAAAAGCGGGGAAACAUCUGCGUAUUUAGGAGCUCCACGCACUCUCUCGUCUUGGCCAUGGCGGCUAUUAGCAGCACCACCAUUCAUGACCGUGCCUACCUGUACGCUACACACACUAUCCAUGUCAGAGCAGAAGGACCCAUUUCUUCUCUUCCAUUUCCUCGGCUCAAUUUUCGUCUUAGCCAAAAGAACUUGAUAUCCCCCAGGUUGAGAAUUUGUUAUAAAAGGAAGACAACAGUGGAAAAAUGUCUUAGGGUACCAGCGACAUUUUGUUUGAUGGGAAGUAAUUCUGAAGCAUGCCCAGAAACAGACCAGACAUAUGUACCAAAUGACGCUGCAAAGGAAGCAGCUAUUGACCUAAAGCUCCCGAGAAGAAGCUUGUUAGUAACUUUCACGUGUAACUCUUGUGACGCACGAUCACAAAAGUUGAUAAAUAGAUUAGCUUAUGAACGAGGGCUUGUUUAUGUACAGUGUUCAGGGUGUUCCAAGUAUCACAAGUUAGUCGACAAUCUAGGACUUGUGGUUGAGUACAACUUACGGGAGGAAACUGAUCAAAUCUAGAGCAAGCUUGUUAUCGAUUUUCAUUCAGUUUUUCUGUUUUAUUUUCUUAUGUAAGAAUAUAUGUUAACAAUGAACAAAUUUCAUAUCAAGUAUAUAGUGACAAUACAAUGUUUUGGGGAAAAGAAAGAAAAUCGAUAUGGGAUGAAGUGUUGUCUGCCCUGAUCCUCUGGUGUAUGCCAACAAUUCUUCUUUCGUGCAAAAACCUUAUAGUCAUCUGUACCACUGGUUGCCCCGUAAAAGCUUAUGAGCAGAAGCUCGUGACAGCCAAGAGAGUGGCUA